AGCUCCAUUUGCACAGAGCUGUGUUCUCAUUAGUACCAUCAGCUUCAAAAAAGAGACAGAGAUUGUCAUCCUGAAACCAUCAGCAUGCCAGUGACACUUGGCUACUGGGACAUCAGAGGGCUGGCUCAGCCCAUCCGUUUGUUACUAGAAUACACCGGAACACCCUAUGAAGAGAAGACAUAUGUCUGUGGUGAAGCACCAAAUUAUGACAAAAGCUGCUGGUUUAAUGCGAAAGAGAAACUGAAUCUGGACUUCCCAAAUCUUCCUUAUCUAAUUGAUGGAGAGCACAGAAUAACUCAGAGCAAUGCCAUCUUACGUUAUCUGGGACGGAAACACAACAUGUGUGGUGAGACUGAGGAAGAAAGAAUUCGUGUGGAUCUGCUGGAUCACCAGUCAGUGGAUUUCCGCUUCCCCUUUAUUGUAAUGUGUUACAGCGAUGAACAUGAGAAGAUGAAAGCAGAAUUCCUGAAUAAUCUUCCUAACACACUUGAGCGAUACUCUAAGUUUCUAGGGAACCGGAAAUGGUUUGCUGGUGAUAAGCUCACAUUUGCUGAUUUCCUUAUGUAUGAGAUAUUGGACCAGCAUCGUUUGUUUGAACCUACAUGUGUUGAAAGUUUCACAAACCUUAAGGAUUUUCUUGGUCGAUUUGAGAAGCUGGACAAGAUUGCACAGUUCAUGAAAUCCAGUCGUUAUUACAAAGGUCCGAUUAAUAACCGGAUGGCCAAGUGGGGAAACAAGAGGAUGUAACAUAAGAUGAAACUUCACAUAUCACUACAAUGUGUCACAACCCCAAUAUCACUGUCAUGCUUGGAAUUAUAAUUUUUAUAAUGCAACUUAACAAAGUAUUGUAUAGUUUUAAUCUUACAGUAUGAACAUACGCCACAACCUUGUCAUUAUCAGUGACUUAUGCACUUGUUGAAUAAGUGUGUAUUUAAUAUGAUAGCAAUGGACUGUAACAGCACUUGUAAAUACAGUGCUUCUUAAUUUCUAUCAUUGUGAAAAAUUCCAUUGUACUUCUCCUUCUACAACAUGGUCUACAGUAAAGCCUCUUACUAUAGGUCCUCUUGUAAAAUAAAAGGAGUGUUUUUUUUU